AUGAUCUGUUUUGCUCAGAUUAACAUGACAGAAGUGCUGAAAGCUAGUGAAUUAAGGGUCCCAAUGCCACCAGAAAAUAUGAGCAUUAAUAGAGAUCGAAGCGGAGAACAUCAUCAAAAUAUGGAUGGUCCACCACAGCCUGCGCAUGCUCAUUUCACACCUCCAACUUCAGUGUCUGAUUUAGAAUUGCUUCAGCAUAGAGUCAAUUGGGGUACAUUCAGUGAUCCCACAAAAGUAUGCUCUAGUCUUAUGCUUCAACUUGGAGGAGCUGCAGCUGCUGUUGGUUCAGGUCAAGGAGGAUCAUCUGGUAAUAAUCAGACAAAUGGUAAUAAUGAACGCCGUACACACAUCACAGGCUCUAGUCUCAUGUUACAACUGGGAGGAGCAGCGGUAGCUACCGCACCGAGUAGUGCAUCAGGUGGUACCCAAAUAUCAGGUUCAAGUGGUGAACGCAGAACCCAUAUCACUGAUUCGCCAUUUCAUUGUGACAUAUGUGGAAAAUAUUUCUCCAGAAAAGAUCAUUUCAAAAAUCAUGUUAUGUGGCAUACAGGUGAAACACCACAUAGAUGUGACUAUUGCGCCAAAACAUUUACACGCAAAGAACAUUUGGUUAAUCAUGUGAGACAACAUACUGGUGAAACUCCUCACCACUGCAAUUACUGCCCAAAAUCGUUCACGCGUAAAGAUCACAUGGUUUACCACGAGCGUCAACACACAGGGGAAACGCCGUUCCCGUGCCAGUACUGUCCAAAGGCUUUCACUCGCAAGGACCAUUUGGUGAACCACGUCAGACGUCAUACAGGCGAGUCACCACACAAAUGCACUUAUUGUUUAAAAGUGUUUACGAGAAAGGAGCAUCUGACCAAUCACAUCCGCCAACAUACGGGUGAGUCACCACACCGAUGUCACUAUUGUCCUAAAACCUUCACGCGUAAAGAACACCUUACUUGUCAUAUUCGUAUUCAUACAGGCGAGUCUCCACAUGCCUGUGAAUUCUGUAAUCGUACUUUUACACGUAAAGAACAUUUAAAGCGCCACAUGCGCCAGCAUAUUCCCGGUUCUGAGUAUAAUUGUCUUAUAUGUGAUGAAACUAUGCCCACUAAGGAGCAAUUGCUUGAACAUAUGGCAUCCCACCCACAAGACUACCCUUAUGUAUGUACAGAUUGUGGUAAAUCAUUCAGGCUUAAAGGAAAUCUUUUGUUUCAUUUACGUUCCCACCAAAAAGGUAUGCCCAUGGAUAGACCAUUUCAGUGUGAUCUAUGUCCUAAAGAUUUCAUGUUUAAAGGUCAUCUAGUUUCGCAUCGCCGUAGCCAUACAAACCCUAAAGUUCAAACUUCAUUCCCAGCCACAAUUCAAAUAAUUGGAAAUAAUUCAUUUGUCAUUAAGAAUGGUAAAGAAGAAGGAGAAUUAGUUAAUAUACAUCAAUUAACUAAUCAAGCAGAACGACCCAUUCAAUAUGAUAUGUCUCAUAGGCGUAAUACAGAAAAAAAUUCUCAUUUCCCUGCUACUAUUCAGAUAAGUAAUGGUUCAUUUGUACUCAAAGGUUUGGUAAAACAAGAAGGUGAUGGACCUGAAUUAAUAACUUUACAUCAACAACAGCAAGAUGGAACUAGCAUUCAGGCUGCUCAGUUAGUUAGUGUGGGAACGCAGGUUACUUUACCAUCACCUCAGAAUAAUGAGCACAUGACUCCACAUUCUAGAGCUAGUUUAUUAGCAGCUGUAACAUAG